CUCAUUCAACAGGACAAGUCAAAUUCUUCUAACUCACAUGAAAAGAAAGAGUUCAGGUGGUUACACAAAAUGCCAACUAAGAAGAGUAAAUAUCUGUAUGCUUCCAACAAUAAUUCAACCAAGGAGAAGAAUAUAGAAAGUAAUGGAGUUACUGGCCUGACAUAUAGGAAUCUGACAGAGCACACGGAACCUUGGUACCUGCAAACCGACACAAUGAUUUCUUCAGCACCUUAUCUGAUACCUGAUCUAGAUAUACGAGGUGAUGAAAGGACCUUUCGCCACAAAUAUGAACCUAGUUUAAAAACCAUGAUUCCUAUCCGCUUCAAAGCAAAAACUUCUCCUAACCCAAUAGAUGAUGCAGGACUGUUCUCAUUUGCUACAUAUUCUUGGCUUUCACCUUUAAUGAUUAAAGGAUAUAAACACAAUAUCAAUGUGGACACCUUGCCUCCAUUAUCAUAUCUAGAUAGUUCAGAGCCAAAUGCAAGAAGAUUUCAGCUCCUUUGGGAAGAAGAGCUUGCAAGAGUUGGACCUGAGAAAGCUUCUUUGGGUAGAGUAGCUUUUAAAUUUCAGAGGACAAGAAUUUUGGUGGAUGUGAUAGCAAAUUUCAUGUGUAUUAUCUUGGCUGCGCUAGGACCAACUGUGAUUAUUCAUAAAAUUCUACAGCACAGUGAAAGUGUCUCCAAAGACAUCGUUUGGGGAAUUGGACUCUGCAUAGCACUCUUCAUUACUGAAUUUUCCAAAGUAGUAUUUUGGGCAUUGGCGUGGGCCAUCAACUACCGUACAGCUAUACGAUUAAAAGUUGCUUUAUCUACAGUAGCUUUCGAGUACCUAUUAGCAUUUAAGUCUUUAACACAUAUCUCUGUUGGUGAGGUCAUUAAUACAUUAUCCAAUGAUGGCUAUCGAAUGUUUGAAGCUGCCUUAUUUUGUCCUCUGCCAAUUACUGUGCCUAUAUUACUGAUUGUUUGCAUCAUAUAUUCUUGUUUUAUUCUUGGUCCCACUGCACUCAUAGGAGCAUUUGUUUAUAUUAUAUUUAUACCUAUACAGAUGCUCAUGGCUAAGCUCACAUCCGUAUUCAGACGAGCUGCUAUUUCAGUGACUGAUAAGCGUGUGCGAACAAUGAAUGAGAUUUUAGUCUGCAUUAAAUUGAUCAAAAUGUAUGCUUGGGAAAAAUCUUUCGCAAAGACAAUCAAAGGUAUAAGAAAUAUGGAAAGGAAAAUACUGGAAAAAGCAGGAUAUGUACAAAGUGUAAACUCUGCUCUGACACCUACUGUAUCAACAAUGGCGACUGUCAUGACAUUUGUUUUACACACUCUUUUAAAGCAAGAACUAACUGCAUCAGUUGCAUUUACCGUGAUUUCCAUGUUUAAUGUAAUGAAAUUUUCAAUUGCUAUCUUGCCUUUCUCAGUGAAAGCAGCAGCAGAAGCUAAAGUUUCCCUUAAAAGACUGAAGAAAAUUCUCCUAACUGAAAUUCCUCCUGUUUAUGUAAGGCAACUGAAAAAUUCAGAAAAUGCUGUGGUAAUGCAAAAUGCUACACUGUCUUGGAAACGUCUGAAUGAACACAGCAGAAAGAACAAUAAUGAAAACAUAAUAAAUGAGAAAAGCAUUUAUAAACUCCAACCAAAACCAGAGCCUCACUCUCAGACAUCAGUCACAGAAAUGGGAACAGAGGGUUUUAGAGACAUUACUUUAUACAACUUAAGCUUUACUGUGAAGAAGAACAAUGGGCAAUGUGACAUUAAAAAAUUCUUGCUUUACAAAUAUAGAUUAAUUUUCUUCAAAAUAUGUCUCUUUGGAAAUGUUGGAAGUGGAAAGAGCUCCGUCAUAUCAGCUAUUCUAGGCCAGAUGUAUAUGUAUGAUGGGACAGUAGGUAUUGAUGGAACAGUAGCUUAUGUGUCUCAACAAGCAUGGAUAUUUCAUGGUAAUGUUAUGCAGAAUAUACUAUUUGGAGAAGAAUACAAUGAAGAAAGGUACAAUUAUGCACUCAAUGUGUGCAGUCUGAAGUCAGAUAUGGUAUCUCUUCCUUAUGGAGAUUUGACUGAAUUAGGUGAAAGAGGUGUUAACCUCUCUGGAGGCCAGAAGCAAAGAAUUAGCUUGGCUCGUGCUGUUUAUGCCAAUAGAGAUAUUUACUUGUUGGAUGACCCCUUAUCAGCAGUUGAUGCACAUGUUGGAAAACACAUUUUUGAAAAAUGCAUUAAAGAGGCCCUUAAAGAAAAAACCGUAAUCCUUGUAACUCAUCAACUACAGUAUCUAGAAUUCUGUGAGGAAGUCAUUUUAUUAGAAGAUGGAGAAAUACAUGAACGGGGAACUCACAAAGAUUUAAUGAAAGAACAAGGACGCUAUGCUCAGCUAAUCCAAAAUCUCCACAUGGAGCAAGCAAAGGAUCCAGAAAAUAUUAUGACUGAAUCAGUCAUAGAAUCAGAGAGUGAAACUCAGGAUAGGAAUGAUUCCACAGGAAGUUCUUAUAAAGGGGUUGAUAAUCCUGCUUUUUUAAUGUCCGAUGAAGAAAUCAUCAAAAAGGAACCCGAGAGAGACACACAAAGGGAAAAGAAGAUAGCUCCUGCAAACCAGCUUUUUCAAAAAGAGGAAAAACAAGAAGGUUCUGUGACAUGGAAAACCUAUCGCACUUACAUUAAAGCUUCUGGAGGUUUCAUACUGUCUUCCUUUGUUGUAUUUCUCUUUAUUUUGAUGAUUGGCAGCUCAGCCUUCAGCAAUUGGUGGUUAAGUUUCUGGCUAGAACAGGGUUCAGGGGCAAACUGCAGCCUCCCGAGUAAUGAAACAGAAUAUCCCAUUUGUGACAUGGGAAGCAUCUCGGAUAACCCCAGUCUGCACUUUUACCAGUUAGUCUACGGAAUGAGCAUGCUGAUCAUUAUUGUCCUAAGCAUCAUCAAAGGGUUUGUUUUCACAAAGACAACAUUAAAGGCUUCGUCAGUGCUACAUGAUAAUGUAUUUUACAAGAUCUUACUGAGUCCAAUGAGUUUCUUUGAUACAACUCCCACUGGCAGGCUAAUGAACCGUUUUUCUAAGGAUAUGGAUGAAUUGGAUGUGAGACUUCCAUUUCAUGCAGAGAAUUUUUUGCACCAGUUUUUUAUGGUGUUCUCUAUUGUAAUCAUAAUAGGCAUUGUGUUUCCUUUCCUCCUAAUUGCAGUGGUUAUCCUAACUAUUAUAUUUGUGAUUCUCUUUCAAAUUUUUCAGACAGCCAUCAGAGAACUAAAAAGAAUGGAAAAUAUUAGCAGAUCUCCAUGGUUCUCACACAUUACCUCCUCUGUGCAAGGCCUCAGUAUAAUUCAUGCUUAUAAUAAAAAAGAAGACUAUAUCAACCAGUUUAAAAUUCUAAAUGAUGAAAACUGCAGUCAUUUUCUGUUGUUUAAUUGUGCACUACGCUGGUUUGCGGUCAGAACAGAUAUCCUCCUGACUUUGAUAACCUUCGCUGUGGCAUUAUUUGUUGUUUUGAGCCCUUCUAUUAUUAGUACUGCUGCAAAAGGCUUGGCUUUGUCCUAUAUUAUCCAGUUGAGUGGACUUCUCCAACUAUGUGUAAGAACAGGAACUGAGACAGAAGCUACAUUAAUUUCCGUUGAACAGAUUCAAGAAUAUGCCUUGACAUGCGCUCCUGAGGCCUCCCAGAAGCCAGAAUUAGUGAAAUCUCCCCAAAACUGGCCAGAUCAUGGGGCUAUCACAUUUAAAGACUACCAGAUGAAAUACAGAGACAAUAGUCCUGUGGUUCUCAAUGGCUUAAAUAUGAGCAUUCACGGUGGAGAAAAAAUCGGUAUCGUUGGAAGAACAGGCGCUGGAAAAUCAUCAUUAGGAGUUGCAUUGUUUCGACUAGUAGAACCAACUGCUGGUACUAUCCUAAUUGACAACGUUGAUAUCUGUACCAUUAGUUUGGAAGAUCUAAGAACAAAGCUCUCUGUUAUUCCUCAAGACCCUGUUCUGUUUGUAGGUACAGUAAGGUACAACCUAGAUCCCUUUGAUAUCUAUACAGAUGAUCAGAUCUGGCAAGCUCUGGAAAGAACGUUUAUGAAAGAGACUAUAUUGAAACUUCCAAGAAAAUUACAGGCAGAAGUUAUUGAAAAUGGAGAAAACUUUUCAGUAGGGGAAAGACAGCUGAUUUGUAUGUCAAGAGCACUCCUUCGAAAUUCAAAAAUUAUACUUCUUGAUGAAGCCACAGCCUCCAUUGAUUCUGGAACUGAUGCACUAAUUCAGUGCACAAUCAGAGAUACAUUCAAGGAUUGCACUGUCUUAACCAUUGCACAUCGCAUAAACACUGUUCUGGAGUCUGACCGUAUUCUGGUUAUGGACAAUGGAAAGGUAAUUGAGUUUGGCACGCCCGAAGAACUUGUGCAAAAACCAGAUUCUGCAUUUGUAUCACUCUUGGCUUCAGCAAACAAAGUGGCAUCAUAGAAGACGUAUUUUGUUUUGGUCGUAUGAUCGUUGGAGAUGGAUCUGUGAUAUAGAUUAAAAAUAAGGACAUUAUUAGACUGCCAUGUUAACUUCCAGCAACAAGAUCCUGUUAGAAAUUAACGUUGUGACCUUUAGCUGAAAGUCAUACCACUACCAGGCAUAUAGCACCACCUAAAAAGACUAAGGAUUAAGCUAGUAUAAAUGCCAGAUGAAUCAACUGCUUACUUGACAUCAGGUUUGAAGUCUGGAAUUUAAGUGUGUGUGUCAUAUAGUGCACCAAGCCAGUGGAAACUACAGAAAUGUACCAUUUUACAUUACUGCAUUAUAUAACAGUUCAAUAUUGUACCUCCUAUAAAAUAUAGAUAAAUGAUGAAACACUGAAAAAUGCAAGACAAUAUUUUAAAAAGUUUAUUAUAAAAUUAAAAGUUUAUGGAGUAAGAGCUGAUUAAUAUCUUUCACUUUAAUGUGCAACAGAUGUGUUCAUUCAAGGCAUGAAACAUGGUUUAUUGACACGUUUGGUGUAAAGAUUAUUAUCCUGUAUAUUCCAUGUGAUCGAUUAAUCAUUACAGACUGGUAAACAAUAAAAUAUU